AUGGCAAGCGCGGGAUCCACUGCCACCGCCGCCGGGUCCGGGUCCGGCUGGUCGCCCAGCUCGUGGCGGUCUAAGCCGAUAAAGCAGUGCCCAGAGUACCCGGACGAGGCGGCCCUCCGGCGGGCCACGGCCGAGCUGAACGUGCUGCCGCCCAUUGUCCACCCGCGCGAGAUCAACCGUCUCAAGCAGAACCUCCGUGAUGUCGCCCGCGGCGAUGCCUUCCUCCUCCAGGGCGGCGACUGCGCCGAGCUCUUCGACUACUGCCGUCAGGACCGCAUCGAGGCCAAGAUCAAGCUGCUCCUGCAGAUGAGCUUGGUCCUCAUCUGGGGCGCCAACAAGAGAGUCGUCCGCAUUGGCCGUAUGGCCGGCCAGUAUGCCAAGCCCAGGUCCAGUCCUACAGAGAUUGUGGAUGGCAAAGAGGUUCCCUCCUUCCGGGGCGACAUCCUCAAUGGCUUCAACCUCGAGGACAGACAGCUCGAUCCUCAGAGACUGGUCAAGGCAUACAACCACUCCGCCGCCACCCUCAACUUCAUCAGAGCCUCGCUGUCGGCUGGCAUUGCCGAUCUCCAUGGGCCGCUCAACUGGAGUCUCGGCCAUGUCAAGGACCCGGAGCUCAAGGCCAAGUACACCAAGGCAGUGGAUUUCCUCCGGGACAUGCUCCGUUUCAUGCAUACCAUUGGUGCCGAUAAAUACUCUGAGCUUGCCACCGUCGACCUCUUCACGAGCCACGAGGGGCUUUUGCUCGAAUACGAGGAGAGCUUGACCAGACUCAUGGAGGAUCCCGGGCAAAAGCCACACAUUGGCAAGACAGGAACCACAAAUGGUACGUCGGCGAGCACACAACAGUACUACGACACCUCGGCCCACUUCAUCUGGAUUGGAGACCGCACGCGGCAGAUCGAUGGCGCUCACGUCGAGUUCUUCCGCGGGAUUGCCAACCCCAUCGGGAUCAAGGUCGGCCCCACGACCCCAUCCUCGGAUCUCCUGGAGCUUCUCCGGACCCUGAACCCGGAUUGCGAGCCCGGCAAGAUCACGCUCAUCACCCGCUACGGAGCGUCCAAGGUCCGUGAGCUCCUCCCCGGACACAUUCGUGCCGUGGAGGGGAGCGAGUACAAACGCUGCGUCAUCUGGCAGUGCGAUCCGAUGCACGGCAACACCCGUUCUACUGGCAGCGGCAUCAAGACUCGGCGCUUCAACGACAUCUUCUCGGAGCUGCAGCAGACGCUCGCCAUCCACCAGGAGGAAGGCAGCUACCUUGGUGGCGUGCAUCUGGAGCUGACUGGCGAUGCUGUUACGGAGUGCUUGGGCGGGAGUGAGGGUCUCGAGGAGGACGACUUGUCAACCAACUACACGAGCUUUUGUGACCCACGCCUGAACGAGAAGCAGGCGCUCGAACUUGCUUUCCUUGUUGCGGAUCACUUCAGGAAGGAGCGGUCCACAGAGAUCGAUUAA